GGAGGAAGGUAAAUACACAAGAGGCGCUAACGAACACACAGCGGCUGUCUUCACGCGGUUACCGGGGGGGACGUUGGACACUGAGGCAGCUUAAGCCGCGCUACGGUCGGAGAGGGCGGAGCGGAGGGACCGGUGGCUCGGCGACAGCAGCGGCAGGUCGGCGUUCUCUUCUCAGGUGGUCUGAUUGAGUUUGCCUCAUCCUUGUGUUGCCAUGGCGAUGCGGGAGUUGGUGGAGGCAGAAUGUGGGGGAGCCAAUCCCCUCAUGAAGUUGACCGGUCACAUGACCAAGGAAGGGGGGGCAUGGCGGCACCGCUCGACACCUACAAUUGCCCCGUCUCCCAUUGAAAUUGCAACUGAAGAAGAGUUGGUGAAUGAGUUCCUUCAGGCGCCCCCCCGACCCCCACACACAUUUGACAUGGGUCAGCUGUUGGAGGAAAUGCAGCAGAUUGACCAGCAGAGCUACAGACAAGCUCCACAGAGAGCUCCAGAUGUGGCAGCGUUGGCCCUCUCUGGUGAUUGGACUGGCGAGUUCCUCUCCGGUCCUGACUCUGCCUCCGCUCCGGGGAUCAUCGCUCUCGGUGAUGCAGCAGAUGCUGAUUGGACGAAAGAAUUUAUUGCUGAGGCGGCAGAUCCUGGACGCUGGGCGGAGGAGUAUCUGGAACAGUCAGAGGAGAAGUUGUGGCUGGGUGACCUGGGAGACCAGGAGAAGGAAUGGACAACAGAGUACCAAGCAGGGGAGGAGCUGAAGCAGACAGCCAAUGAGCUGGUCUCAAAAGUUGAUGACCCCAAGUUGCAAAACACUGAGUUCCUGCGAUUCAUUAGGCAGAUUGGCGAGGGCAGUGUGACAGUGGAGAGCAAGACAGACAAACGGCUCAAAGAUAAAGCUCAGGCCCAGGAGGCUCAGAACUGGGCCUCCAACCUCAACCAGUUCCUGACAGAGACGGGGGGAGGGAGUCUUGCCCUGGAAGCCCCAGAGAGGAGUAAGAAGAUUGAGAAAGUUAAAGCUAAACAAGCAGAGCAGUGGGCCAAGGUCAUCAGGCAGGUGUCGCAGGACUCGGCUGAAGCCUGGGUGGAUGAGUUUGCCACGUCAGGACCGGAUUUCCAACAUACUAAAGCUGCAGUGGAGAGUGAUGUGGAUUUCUGGGAGAAGUUGCAGCAGGAGUGGGAGGAGAUGGCUAAGAGGGACGCAGAGAGCCACCCCUGGCUGUCUGACUUCGACCAGCUACUCAGCACUUCUUAUGACAAGGGGUAUCAGUUUGAAGAGGACAACCCCUAUUUAUCCAACCCUGACCCUUUGUCAGAGGGAGUGAAGAGGAUAGAGGCGGGGGACAUUCCUGGUGCUGUGCGCUUAUUUGAAAGUGCUGUCCAGAAAGAACCAGAUAACCAGCUGGCGUGGCAAUAUCUGGGAUCCUGUCAGGCAGAGAAUGAGCAGGAAUUUGCCGCCAUCAGCGCCCUCCGCAGAUGUAUAGAGCUGAAGAAAGAAAACCUGACGGCUCUGAUGGCGUUGGCUGUCAGUUUCACUAACGAAUCGCUGCACAGGCAGGCCUGUGAGACUCUUCGUGAUUGGCUAAAGCACAACCCUAAAUACCACUCCGUGUGGGAGCAGAAUGAGGGUGAACACCGGCAGGAAGGUGCCGGACAAAGGGAGAAAGAGAGGGAGCGCUUCGGCUCACUGCUGCCAGAGUCUUUGUUUUCUGAUGUUCAGUCCCUCUUCCUGCAAGCGGCCAACUCUGACCCCGCCCAGGUGGACCCCCAGCUGCAGUGUGGCCUGGGAGUUCUCUUCAACCUCAGCGGGGAGUACGACAAGGCGGUGGACUGUUUCAGCGCCGCUCUGUCCGUCACACCACAGGACUACCUGCUGUGGAAUAAGUUGGGGGCCACACUCGCCAACGGCAGCCGCUCAGAGGAGGCUGUGGCCGCCUACAGGAGAGCUCUGGAGCUGCAGCCCGGUUUCAUACGCAGCCGCUACAACUUGGGAAUCAGCUGCGUGAACUUAGGGGCACACAGAGAGGCGGUGGAACACUUCCUUGAAGCUCUCUCUCUACAGCGGCAGGCCUCCGGGGACGGAGCGAGAGCGGCCAGGGGACCGGGAGGUGCCGCGGCCACCAUGAUGUCUGACAACAUCUGGUCCACCUUGCGCAUGGCUCUCAGCAUGAUGGGAGAGAGCCCGCUGUACGCUGCAGCAGACCAUCGGGACUUGGACACGUUGCUGGCUCACUUCUCCCAGAGAGAGGUGGACGGUGGGACAGAAUGAGGACCAGCCGGGGGGGGGCUCAUCGAGUGCGAGUGUGAUUUGCUGGGAGGUAAAUGUCUGGGUGACGAAAUGAAGAGAAGAGGAUUCAAAGCGGUAACGGUUACAGAGAAACAGACGAGGAAGACACUGUGAAUCAUCCACCAUCCGAGAGGCAUCAUCUUGUGGUUCUGAGCGCUCGAAGGACUUCCCUCAAACAUUGCAGUAUUAGUCUCUCCCUGGAAGACGCAGCCAGCAGCAAUACAGUCACGUCACUGUAUUUGAGAUGUUUGACAGUCCUCAUACUUCAUCUUCCUCUGUUGCUCUGCAGAACUGGGUUACAUGUCACUUUUGUUGUUGAUAUGAAAUUUGUAUUCGAUGAAGAAAGUAAAUAAUUAAGAAUGAUGAUGAACUCAAUGAGGACAAUUUAUUACGCUCAACACUCUCACCGUUUUUCUUCAGUGCAGGUUGCAGGUUGAACCGUAUGCUCACUACGGUGAUGUAGAUUGAAGGUACAAUAUUAAAAAGAGUGCAGCUUUUUUAAUCAAAAGUGCUCCCAAGAGAAGUAUUGGGCCGGUCCAGAGUACAAACACUAAUCAUACUUGCAGCAGCUUGUUUUCUUUUCUUUAUUUUAUACAUUAUUUAAUUUUGUAUAGUGAUCAAUUAUCAACCAGGAAAAUGAACAGAUGGACUGUUACUGUUAUGGUAAGAGGUGUGUGUGUGCGUAUGUGCGUGCAUGCGUGUGUGUGUGUGAGGCAGGGAUCAGAUGGGGGAUUUGAUUGUGCAUCGCGCUGAUAAUAAGAUCAUAUAAUUGUCCUAUCAUUGAGGACGAUUUCUCUGGGCUCCUCCCUUCUCUUGCUCUUUUUCAUAUCGCUCUUGUAAAACAAUUUGCUUCAUUGUGAAAUAAUGCUAUAUUGCGUAUUUUAACAUAAUUGUUGCACUAUAAUUGUGUUCAGGCUAGUUGUAUCCUGACUGCAAUGUUUAAUAUAAUACUCAGCAAUAAAGCUUUGAUUCAAAUCA